AUGGACAACAAGAACGGCGAGUUGCAGCCGUCCGCUGCGGGCAAGAACACCACGACGAUCGGGCACAAGCUCCAAGACCCCGCCCGCGCGAUCUACGGCUGGAGACUUCAUAUCUGCAUGCUAGGCCUAGCAUUAGCUCUGUUCCUUUCCGCGUUAGAGACCACCAUCAUCGCCACGGCUCUCACCACGAUCGGGACUCAUUUCAAUGACUACAACAAAGUUGGCUGGGUGGUAACAGCGUUUCUGGUAACCAACAGCGGCUUCAUUCUCACCUACUCCAAGUUGACCGACAUCUUUGGCCAACGAAAUAUCCUUCUAUUCGCCUUGGCAUGGUUCGCCCUCUUCUCGGGACUUUGCGCUGCGGCUCAGUCGAUGACUUUGACGCAUUUAAUUGUCUUUCGCGCUCUUCAGGGAAUCGGCGGUUCCGGCAUAUUCUCCGUUGUCUUUGUCUCCGUGAUUGAUAUCUGCCCUGCUCGAUGGUUGGGGCCGUAUUCAGCAGCAGUGAGCUCGGUAUUCGCCCUCGCAAGCAUCCUCGGCCCAAUCCUUGGAGGAGUGAUCAGCGACACCGGGGACUGGAAAUGGAUCUUCCUCCUGAAUGUGCCCGCAGCAGGAAUUGCUGGCGCCGUCCUCGUCUGGUCCUUCCCUAAAGAUGAUAUGGACUUCGGCAAGUCCGUCUUCAAACGCAUUGACUUCAUUGGGUCGCUGUUGUCCAUCGGAUCGGCUGUCUUGUUGCUUUACGGACUUCAGACUGGAGGCGCAGAGCACCCGUGGAGCGACUCCAGAAUCGUCGGGACUAUCGUGGCAGGCGGUAUUGCCGUCGUGUUUUUCUUCCUCUACGAAUGGUUUAUUCAGCGUAACUCGGCAGCCGUCAUCGAGCCGGUGAUGCCUUUCCGUCUCUUCAAGAUUCCGAGAGUUACUUUCCUACUACUCACUGCCUUCUUCCAAGGCGCCGUAUUCUAUGCGGUCGUCAUCGUGCUCCCGCAACUAAACCAGCUUGUCCAUCUGAACUCCGCCACAAUGGCAGGCAUUCGAUUACUACCCCUUCUCCUGGUGUCAUCCUUCUGCUCCAUGUUUUCCGGGAUAGCGCUAUCCAAGACGACUCGUUACGGCUGGUACACAAUCACCAUCAGUACCGUUCUCGUUGUCCUGGGCGUGGGCCUCCUUGUCGAAAUCCCGUUCAGCGAGAAGGUCCUAGACAGAUACUACGGUUACGAAGUCAUCAUCGGCGUAGGCAUGGGCACUGCGGUGCCCAUUCUCAUGGUGAUGGGACGAGUAGAGGUUGAAGACCGAGACAAUGCCGCCAUGAUGGGCGCCUACAACACCAUCCGUACAAUGGGAGGCUGCAUAGCAAUCUCAGUCUGCUCGGCAAUCCUGCAUAGCGAGAUGCCCAAGCGUCUCGAUUCGUUGCCGGAGGAUGUAAUGAGGUCACUCCUGGCUUCGCCCACAACGGUGUUGCCCCAGCUGGAGAAACCCGUCGCUUUAAUGGUGCGCAAGACAUACAAUGAUGUGUAUCGCCUGCAGUUGAUUGCGGUAACUGUCUUCGCUGCUGCUAUGCUUGUCUUCUCCGUGCCGCCCCUAUUCCUCCACGCAAGGUCGAUGGCUUCGGAAAAGAAUGGGGAAGAAAGCAGAGAACGUGACACACAGAGUCCCGAAGAGAAGCAGAAUGCCGUCUAG